GAAAUAUCAAAUUUUUUCCUCUCCCUCCAAUCAACACUAGCCACACAUCCAUGAUGAAAACGGUACUCAUUUCUUUUUGUCCUUCACGACAUCCAUAAUAUCCCUCUCUAAAAAACAACUCCUACACACAAAAAUAGAACAAUAGUCUCUAAAAAGUUAGAUCGAUUCACUGCAACACCACAACCAUUAUAGCAACCAUUUUAUAUCAACAACAAUUUUUCUUUCCACCAUAAAAAACCAUCAUAUCAUAACCAACCCAUCUUUUUCCUCUCUCUCAGCUCACUCAUCAACCAUCUUGUAGCUUCCGCUCUCGGUCUCUUUGUCGGCGAGGAAGUAGUUGGACAAUUUAAUAAAGCAUUUCGACAGCACGAAUUCACGCCGCCACAAAAUCGUUAGAUCUUGCCGGAAAUAGAGCACGGAAUCCAAGACUUGUUAGCAAAAUGAAUCCUGAGAGAAGAAGCACUUUUCAGUUCAAAUACAAGAACGUGGACCUUGCCAGCCUGCAGAAGUUGAGUGUCAAAGUAACACCAAUCAAACUCAAUAGCUUUGUGCAAGACUAUGGAAGAAUUCUGGACAUCUUAAAUGAGAAGAUGGACAUGAUGAUUGCGGUGACUAUUGCUCAAUUUUAUGAUCCACCUCUACAUUGUUUCACAUUAUAUGAUUUCCAAUUGGCUCUCACCUUGGAAAAGUUUGAGAGGAUUGUAGGCCGGAAUUUGAAGGAUCAUAAUCCAUUUUCGAAGUUUGAUGAAGGUAUUCCUCCCAAGAGAAUAGCUUUAGCUUUGGGUCUGAAUGUUUCUGAAGUCAUGGACAAUUGGGAUGUGAAGGGAGCUUUCAAUGUUUUUUCUAGGAAGUUCUUGGAAGAUCAAGCUAAGAAGAUGGAAAAGGAGGGGAAUUGGGAAGCUUUUUAUGUUGUGUUAGCUGUGUUGGUAUAUGGGAUAGUUCUCUUCCCAAAUAUUGACCAUUUUGUGGACCACCUGGCGGUGAGAACCUUCCUCUCUGGUAACCCUGUAUCGUUCCUCCUAGCAGACCUUCAUUAUGCUCUCCAUGAUCGUCAUGAGAAGAAGGGAGGAACCAUUUUAUGUUGUGCGCAGCUGUUGCAUGUCAGGUUUAGAUCUCAUAUGCCCGAAGAAGGCCCUUUUGUCUCGAAGGAACUCAAGCCCUCCCUGAAGUUAGCUUCUCUCACCUCUAAUCAUGUUAAGUGGUAUAUCAGGAAUUUGGAAACCGAGGAUGUUAUUAUCAGCAUUGGAGACUUCCCUAAUGUACCUUUGAUAGGAACCAAGAGUUGCAUCAACUACAACCCCGUGUUAUCUUUGAGGCAGCAUGGUUACCCUAUGAAUGACCCUCCAAAAGCUGAAGCUUUAGAGCCUUUCAUCUUACACAGUGCUGAAGCAGAUCACCCCACGGUGAAGAAGAUCAAGAGGUCAUGGCAAGCAGUUAUCAAAAAGGGUAAGGAAUUGGGUAAGAGAAAUGUCAUCGCUCGAGAGCCUUAUACUUGUUGGGUGAGAGAGAGGGUUCAGAUGGUUAAACUCCCUUUUCCAUUUGAUCCUUCUAUCUAUCCGUUGGUUCCUAAGCCAGAACCCAUAUUACCUGAAGAUGUGGAGAAGCUUAAUGCCCGUAUUAAGGAGCUGGAGUUGGAGAAUUCUGACUUGAGUAUUAAACUCGGCCGAGUCUCGGUAGAGAAUGGGAAUUUGAAAGAUGGUCAACAGAAGAAGGACAAAAAGCUCGAAAUUUCCAACAAAAGGGAUAGGGAGUCUGAGGCAAGGAAAGAAAAGUUCGGACAAGCGCUCUAUAGUACUAAAUCUGUGUUCAAGACGAAGGAGGAGGAGUUGGAUAAAGCUGUACUCCGGAUCCAAAAACUCAACAAAACUCUGGGGUUGACUCUUGAAAUGAAAAGGGAAGCACAACUGAUUUCUGAGAUUCGUACUCAUGAACUUCAGAAUACCAUUCAGAAAUACAAGGAUGAUGUGGAACAUGAGAAGCUGAGGACUGAAGAGUCAGAAAGAGUUUGCACACGGUUGAACUAUCAGUUGGAACAAGCCAAUGCUAGGAUCCAGGUACUUGAAGGUGUGGAUCAGGAUGCUUUCUAUCUGAUGUUGUUGAGUGAGUACAGAUAUUGGAGAAACCUCUAUAGGGACAUAGAGGUGACCAAGGUUGAAGACUUGCGCAUCAUUCAAGACCUCCAAGGACUUUACACUGAGUGGAAGGGAAAAUUUUUGAGGCUGUCCAGAUUUGCAAAUUCCGUCAUACAAGAGUUGCCUGAGAAAUUGCAAGAAGUUGAUUGGUGCAUGUGUCCAUAGAGCACCCCGCAUCAAGUUUUUAAUUUCAUCAAAUUUUGUAAGGCGAUGUUGGAAGGGAUGACUACCGAUCUUGCUACGGUUCGGAAACCCCAUAAGCCAUAUGCACUUUGUUUGUAUUUGAACUUUAUUUUAAACUAAUGAAAAACCGCUUUUGGGAUUCA